GUUUACUUGCUUUUUACUCAGUUUUAUUUCUCUUUCUUCACAUCGUUGCCUGAUACAAACACAACAACAAACACAUGUUUAAUUUUCUCUCUAUGAGUCUUCUAAUUCAUAUCAGACCAAUCAUCUCUCUUCUUUUCUUCAAAUGACCAUAUAUUGCAUGCUUCUCCUACUAAAUUUUGAAACUAGAUGAAAUCUUAAAUCUUUGAAAUGUUAGAUACCCACCACCAAUCUAUAGUAUACACAGCAACAACAUCAAAAAAAGAAAGAAAGAGUAGUAACUUCAUCUUGUUGGAGCUCCUCGUCAAUUAAUGAAUCAUUCUGCAUCUCACAACCACCAUUGAUGGAACUUAUCAACUUGUUCCUUUCUCCUUUAUCAUCUUUUUCUUUUCUUGUAAAAAAUCCUGUAUUUUUUCUUUUUCUGGAUUUUUUCUUUGCAAGAUCUAAUCUUUAUGAUGUUUCUGGAAUUUUUUUAUUUACAAGAUUUAUUUUUUGUUUGAAACCGCUUGAAUCCAUCCGUUCAACCCGUAACCCGUUGGACCCGAACCCGCCUAACCCGAGGUCCAAAAUUGGUUUGAUAUGGGUUGCUCUUCUCCACCCGUGAAUUGGGCCGGUUUGAGGUUUUGGGCCCAUACCGACCCAAACCGGCCCGUUGUCCACCCCUAGAUAUAGUUAUCCAAUAUCUCGUAAAGCAUUAAAUGGCUGCCACAUACUCAAGUGACAAAAGUCCAUGUCACAUGCAACCAAAAGCAAACAACUGGUUUUCAUUUUUCAGUCACUGAGCUAACAACAAUUCUAGCAAAAAUGGAAGCUAUUGUAAAAUCUAUCUACCUUACAAGAAUUCCAAACUCUCAAACUUGUUCUGCUUCUCUGUUUAAUCCACCACUCUUAUUGCAAUCUAAUGCCACUUCAGUAACUUUCAAUUCAGCAACACAUCAUUUGCACAAGUGCUUUAUUUCUCAGCAAAGAUACGGUGUUUUACUUUCCAAAUCAAAAGAAAAGGGGAACUUGGGAGCUAUACAGGCAUCAGAGGCUGCAAGCCCAACAACAACUGUUACAGAAAGAUGGAUUCUUGAACCAAUUGGAGAUGGUGAUUCAAGGCAUAUAGGCUUCAAGGUUGAGAGGCCAGGUGCAUAUGAAAUUGCUUCUAGCGAAGUGACCGUAGGACGUGUUCCAGACAAAGCUGAUCUGGUGAUCCCAGUUGCAACAGUGUCUGGCGUGCAUGCACGCAUUCGGAAAAAACAAGACAAUCUUCUAGUUAUAGAUUUGGAUAGCACCAAUGGGACAUACGUCGAUGAUAUAAGACUGAGACCUGGAGUAGUUACCACUGUAUCUUCUGGGAGUUGUAUUACUUUUGGGGACACUAAUUUGGCUAUGUUCCGUGUAUCAAAGAUACAAGGCGAGAAGGUUGUUGAUACAGUUGGAGAAACAGAAGGUGAAUUAGACAAUGGUGACAAAUCUGAUAGUACUGAAACAAGUUGAACUUCUAGUUGUAAUGUAUACUAUGUUUUGUAUAGUUAAAAUAUUCUGCAUUGUUUUGCAAUGCCAUUUUGAUACAAAGCAUAUUUAUAGAUAAAUUUGCAUUUUGACAA